AGUGAACGUGUCAUGUGCGGCCAUGUUCGUUAUACAAUUCGUUUUAUUACUGUUAAUCUUUGAAUCAGCAGACAACUCGAAAAUUUUGUGCGUUUUUCCAUUUCCAUCACCUAGCCAUCAGUUCAUGUUACAGACCGUUUCAGAAGAAUUAUCUUUAAGAGGUCACCAAGUGACUGUGAUUACGCCAAAUCCUCGUAAUGCUACAAAACUAGUUAAUCUAACUGAAAUAGACGUUUCUUUUGCGUACCAAAUUAUACCUAGGACCAAUUUUGAUAAGUUCAUUAACGGCACUUUGUUGGAAAAGUUGAUUUUUAUGACUGACUGGAGUUUGGAAAUUAUGGAGGAACAGCUUGCUCAUAAGCCUGUCAAAAAUUUGAUUAAGAAUAAUAGUAAUUUUGAUUUGGUUAUUGUUCAACUUUCUUUCGUCUAUAAUAUUCUCAAUCUUGGUUUUGCUGCUUUGUUUGGAGCUCCACCAUAUAUUGAUAUUUUUUCAAAAAUAAUAGAUUACAAAAUUGAAGGUUAUUUAAUAAAUGUAUCGUAUUUUGUAAAGCAAAUGAGGUAA